AUGAUCAAUGACUAUGUAGUCGAUGGCGACCUCGGCCGCGGCUCGUUUGGCAACGUCAAGCUCGCGCACGACGACCGCACGGGCGAGUGUGUGGCCGUCAAGAUUGUGCAGCGCGAGGCGCCACGGCGCCUGGGCGUGCCGUACACGCCCCGCCAGACGGACGAGCGCCUGGUGCGCGAGAUCCAGGCGAUGUCGCGGUGCCGCCACCCGCAUGUCGUGCAGCUCUACGAGGUCAUCGACGACCCGAACAGCCGGCGCCUCUUCCUUAUCCUCGAGUACAUGCCGGGUGGCGCGCUCGUGUGGCAGGACGCGCUGCAGCGGCCGGCGCUGUCCUUCAACGAUGCACGCUACAUCCUGCGCGGCGUCGCCGAAGGCCUCGCAUCGCUGCAUGCGUGCGGCGUCAUCCACCGCGACAUCAAGCCGGCCAAUAUCUUGCUGUCCGAGGACGGCGUGCCCAAGAUCUCCGACUUUGGGUGCGCGUACGUGCGCGCCGGGCGUGGCAGCGCGGACGACCUCUCGAGUGCGACGGACCCGCUGCUCGCCCGCACGUUUGGGACGCCGUCGUUUUUUGCUCCAGAGCUGUGCCGCGAUGCCGCUCAGGGGCCCCCCGUGACCAAGGCCAUCGAUGUGUGGGCGCUCGGCGCGACGCUGUACUGCCUGCUGUUCGGGCGCCCGCCGUUCUGGGCGGACACCGAGUACCUGCUCCUGGAGAGUAUCAUGCACGACGACUUCGCCCUCCCUGCUACGAUGGGCAUCGAUGGCCGGCCCAUCGGGCCUCGCGCGCCGCGCUGGCCGCCGGUCCACGCGGACCGGGGCGCAGAUGCGCCGGCGCCGGCGCCGGUACCGGCGCCUCGGAGCGAUGAGGCGGAGAUCACGGCGCACCUGCUCGACCGCCUGCUCGAGAAGGAUCCACGCUCGCGCCUCACACUCGACGAGGCGCUCCUGCACCCGUGGCUCGCUGCCGGCCCGCCGUCGCGCGCGUCCUCCGACGAGCGGAUCACGCUGCAGCGCACCGCGUCCGGUCGCUCGGUGGCGCAGCCGAAGCUGGGCGACUCGUCGAGCCGCCGAGCGCCGUCUGCCAUGCUGCCAUUGCAUUCGAUACCCACUACAUAA